AUGUGCAGGUUGCACAUCAAUUCUCGUGUACCGCCGAAUUCUUGGGGUGGCUGUUUAGGGUUGAUUUCCAAUUGUGAGGAUACAGCGACAAGUGGCCUUGUUGCCGUGGAGUUCGACUCUUUCCAAAACGAUUUCGAUAGAACCUCCUGCCAUAUCGGAAUAAACGUAAACUCAAUUAUAUCGGUGAAGACCGUGACGUUGACGCGUGAAUGGACUCCUGUCUCCAGAGGUUUCGCGAGGAUUUGGUAUACUUCUCGGGCCAAAACCCUCUCUGUUAUGGUUGAUUACCAUAAUCAAACUUACAAGCUAUCUCAUCAUCCUCUAGAUCUAUCGAAAGUUUUGCCUAAAAGAAGUUUCGGCUUCUCAGCGUCGACUGGUCACUCCAUCUCGAUUCACCGUAUCCUUUCGUGGGAGUUUAACUCAACAGGCUUCUCAUUAAUCGCGGAAGAUGGUGCUGGACUCGAUAGAAAUCAAGUGGUGGCUUGUAUACUAGGUGGGCUGACUUUUCUAGUAUUUAUUGGUGUUGCUUUGUUCUAUGCCUUCCGUCGUAGAGACGGCAAUGCUUUUAUCUGUAAUGUCUUUCAGAAGAGAAAUGGAGAGACGGAGAGUACUACAGCUUUGGAUGAUGUGUCGAAUAUGGAUCGUGAAUUUGAGCAUGAUAUAGGGCCUAAGAAGUUCUCUUAUAAGGAAUUGGUUAAGGCCACAAAUAAGUUUGCGGAACAAGGUAUACUUGGUGGAGGAGGAUUUGGGGAAGUUUACAAAGGCUACUUGAGGCACUUGAAUCUAACUGUGGCAGUUAAAAGAGUUUCUAAACGGUCCAAACAAGGAAGAAAAGAGUAUAUGUCCGAGGUCAAAAUAAUUAGUAGACUCAGACACAAAAACUUGGUGCAACUAAUUGGUUGGUGUCAUGAUAACAAAGAGUUCCUUCUUAUCUAUGAGUUCCUCUCAAAUGGUAGCCUUGAUUCUCACUUGUUUGGAAGAGAAAGAAGCAUUCUUUCAUGGAAAGUGAGGCAUAAAAUAGUCCUUGGUCUUGCGUCUGCACUUCUCUACUUGCAUGAAGAAUCGGAACAAUGUGUUCUUCACCGUGAUAUCAAAUCGAGUAACAUAAUGUUGGAUUCAGAUUUCAAUGCCAAGCUCGGCGAUUUCGGCUUAGCAAGGCUAGUGGAUGAAGCCACUGGUUCGCGGACAACAGCGUUGGCAGGAACAUUGGGCUACAUGGCACCGGAGUACAUAAACACGAGCAAAGCGAGCAAGGCCUCUGACGUGUUCAGCUUCGGGGUGGUGGCGUUAGAAAUAGCAUGCGGAAGAAAAUCGAUAGAACAUGAUUCCGAGGAGGAGGAUAGGGUUUCUCUUGUUUCUUGGGUUUGGGACUUUUACGGAAGUGGAAGGCUUCUUGAUGUGGUUGAUGAGAGACUAUGCUUGGAAUUUGACGUGCGACAGAUGGAGUGUUUGCUGACCGUUGGAUUGUGGUGCGUUCAUCCGGAUCAUAAUCUAAGACCGUCCAUAAAGGAUGUCAUACAAGUUCUCAGUUUUGAAGCGCCAUUGCCAGAUCUUCCAAGAAACAUGCCUGUUCCCAACUAUCAUGUACCUGACUCUGAAAUACUUCAUUCCUCUACUAGUGCGGCCACCAUAACUGAUUCAUCAUUUUUCACAGGCCGUUAAGACAAGUACU